AUGUCGAUGCCAACUUCCACAAGUUCUAAUGUGGCAAAACUUCCUGAAUUCAAGAUCCAAUUUCAUCCGAGAAGCAAUCGACCACCGAUUUAUCAGUCUUACGAAGAGUUCCAUGUUCACAGUGAGAAAUCUGCAUCCCCGGUUGACAAGACACCUUGGUCCCCAUUUCGUACGUUGGGUGACUUCGAGUUUGCAGAAAUCGCACUCGCUUCACUGCUCAACCAGCAACAGGUCAAUGCCCUGCUGGAUCUCUUUGCUCAUGUCACACAGGGAGCCAUCCAAGUCACGCUCAAGAAUGAUGCCGAACUUCACAAAGUGUGUGAUGCAGCUGCAAUGGAACUCACUCCGUUCUCCAGGGUCGAAGUUAAGGUACCAUACAAAAAGGAAGAAUGUAUGUUCAAAGCGCAUAUUCGCCCACUGUGGGAGUGGGCACUCGAUAUCUUAGAAAAUCCAUUCCUCGGUCCACACUUCACUUGGGACACACAGCAACUCUACAGGCACAAUGGCAUUGAGUAUGAACAUUUUUAUGACGAGCCCUGGACCGGAGAUUAUUGGUGGGAUAUUCAAUCGAGUCUACCAGAUAUCAAGAACGCCGUGCCAUUUGGCCUGAUCCUUUAUGCUGACAAGUCCAACCUAUUGUCUUUCGGCACUGCCAAGAGUUACCCCAUCGUUGUGCGCUGUGCAAACUUACCGGUUGAGAUUCAGAAUAGCAAUGUUGUUGGUGGGGGUACUGUUGUUGGCUGGCUGGCUAUUGUCCCCAAAGAUGCUGAAGAAGAGGGAAAGCUAGGCUACACAACCCUCAAGCGUGUCGUUUGGCACAAAUCUUUCAAAAAGUUACUUCUGGAGAUUGAGCAGUACUCAAAGACUGGAUGCAUGAUGGCACUCACUCAUGGUCAUGGUGGCAAAUGCCCUUGCCCUGUGAUUGUAAAGGCGCUCGGGCGACAGAUCGAAGCCAAUGUCAAGAAGUAUGUUGCAAGUUUUCCUCGCUGGCAAAACCUCGCACACUUCAACCAAGUUAUUCAUGUCACUUUUUCAGAUGGUAACAAGCUGGCUGAUAUCCCCAAGCAAAUCUUCUAUGUGGCAAUCAAUGUUUUGAAGAAGAGUGUAACCCCUGAAGGCCUCAUCAGCUUAGAUGUCCAGACUGAACAUACGAUUAACAUGAUCAACAACGAGAUAUUGACAUUUGAUCAGACACUGAAGGACUACACCAAAUGCAUCAUGAAGUCCAACAUUGAUGUCCACCUUUGGAAGCAUGUUGUUCGAGAUAUCUGCCUAAAGGGUGCCGCACGCAACUAUAGCACUUGGCCCAACGAAAGUAUGCAUAAGCCAAUCCGAGACGCAUAUGAACACCGUUCGAACGGUAGAGACGUUCCUGCUCAGGUAGAUCACCAAGUUCUUGCUAUGAAGCUUCUCAGAUUGCGUGUUGAUCACCUCAAGAAAUCUGUCUCUGGGGAAUCAGAUCCAGAAGCUGAUGUGCUUGGUGCACACAUCGUCACAACCCAAACCCUGAAAGACUUAGAGGAAAAUGGUCAGCCAGAUAUGGCGUUCCAUCAGUUCCAUCAAAGGUUCUGCGAGUUCCUUAAUGAUGCCCUUCUGGCAUAUGGAUACCAAGUCAAGUCAUGGAUCUCCCUCCCCACUGACUUCGUGGUUAAAGAAUACCAUUAUCUGCUGGUCAACUAUGAGUCAACUGUCACCUGGAACCAGUGCACAGAUCAUCUCUGCUGCAACCUGUCAUUUUUUGACAUAGGAAACAUGGAAUUUAUCUUGGUGCAACUCUUCACGACAAGGAUCGGACUGGCCCUGCACUAUUGA